AUGGCCAGUGCAGCACCCAAACUCACUACCGGCCUCUUCACCACCGUCGCAUCUCCACCCCACCGCCGUAAACCACCGCUGCACCAUCAUCUGUCACCACUCAUCUUCACAAAACCCACUGCCACCACCAUUUCCGCUCAUCGUAGAAUUAUCGUCACGUGCAAAGCCACUGACGUGUCAUCUUCAUCAUCACCUGUGGCAAAGGAAGAGCCGGGGCCAUUGUCGGCUGGGAAUACCAACUGGGUCCCGGUGGUGCCACUGGCGGCGCUGCCGAAGGGAGAACGGCGCGUGAUCAUACAGGACGACGAAACCAUAUUGCUUUUAUGGUACAAGGAUGAUGUGUUUGCUAUAGAGAAUAGGUCGCCUGCUGAGGGCGCCUACUCUGAAGGCUUGCUCAAUGCUAAACUCACCCAGGAUGGGUGUAUUGUUUGUCCAACAACUGAUAGCACUUUUGACCUACGAACUGGAGCCAUCAAGGAUUGGUAUCCAAAUAAUCCCGUGCUGAGAGUCCUGACUCCCCCUUUAAGAAAUUUAUUCAUCUACCCCGUGAAAACUGAUGGAGAAAAUAUUUAUAUAAGCAUUACCAGAGGUGCUCAAUCUGAUGCAUCUGCAGAGAAACAAAAGUCGCCUUUCCGAGUUGGUGGUUUAACUGCAACAGAUGUCAAUGUUGAUGAGGUUAGAAUGGUAGUCGAUGAGGAUCUUGAAGGUUUCGGUUUCACGGGGAAGAAUGAAUUGAUAAAUGGAAAGGCAGCAGUAAUUGGCUUCUUAUUGCUAUUGGAUUUCGAACUAUUGACCGGUAAAGGACUCCUCAAAGGAACCGGUUUCUUGGACUUCAUAUAUUCCGUUUCAGAUGCUUUUAAGUAA